AUGCAGAAAGCCUUGAAGAAGUAUUUUGUAAACAUGGACGAGUAUCUAGCCAGCAUCGGUCUCUACCGAAAAAUGAUGGCACGAGACGCGUCCUGUCUAUUUCGAGCUGUCUCUGAGCAGGUACAGUAGCCUAAAGCAAUUUAGCGAAAUCUUUUAAUAGAUUCCAUUUGACGUUCAACGUUUAGAAAAUAAAUAAAUAUAUAUAUAAGAUAUUACAUUUCUCUAACUGACUGACUUCAUGGUGUGAGAAUAGGAAGUUGUCAUUUUUCAAAAGAAAUGUAUGUCGCUUGGGAACUCAUGGGUUCAUUUAGCCUAUUCAUCUUCCUCUAGGGUUAAUUUGGUUGACUGAAUUUAUUACUCAAUGAAGUGGCCAGAGUUAAAACAUGAAAUGCACAACAUUAUGUUCCAGGGAGCAAAGCGGAGGCUGUUGAAUACAAAAAAAAAAAAAAUGCAUUAUGUAAUUAUGUAUUUCAUUCCUCCAAGAUGUAUUACUCACAGAAUUACCAUCAAAAGAUAAGGAAAGACUGUGUCACCUUCAUGAGAGCAAACCGAUGCAACUUUGAACCUGUAAGUUGACAACAACAAAAAAUAUUCGCAAAUACAAUAGCUUCACAGCACAGAGCAAGUCUAGUUUAAAAUUGUCCGGUGCUAUCCGAAUCCUUCCCUUCCCCCCCCAUUUGAAGUUGACAUUUAAAAUGGGUAGGGACGUCCCAAGGAUCCCUGAUAGCAUUGACCGUUUAUAAUCUACGUAAUGACAUGCUCUAUCUCCUAGUUUGUUGAAGGGUCGUUUGAGAAGUAUCUGGAACGUCUGGAGGACCCCAAGGUAUGUUUUAUAGAACUACAUGUUAUGAAAGCACAUUGCACAAUCCGGAUUCGGACCUUCGACAAUAUGAAAAAAGGUCAUGUACAUACCGUUAAAUAUGUUUUUCUUCAGGAAACCACUGGACAAGUUGAGAUAAAGGCAUUGUCAUCAUUGUACAGGUAAGUGCUGCACAAUGUGGUAUCAGUUAGACACCACCUGCCACAUUGUACAACCUUUGUGUUGGCCGACAGGACAUUGUCAAAAAUGAUAUGGAGAUUGUGAUGUGAAUUGCAUUGUAUUUUUAACAAUGAUUGUAACAUGAAAUAAGUUGGUGUUGUCACAUGUUGGCUGUGUGGCAGGCGGUGCUUCCUUGUAUACAGGUAUCCUGGGAAGCCACCAACAGAGAUAACUGAAGUAGACUACAUGGAGAAGGUAAGAGUGUGUGGUUCAUCGCAGCCCACUGAGCCCUGAAGCAUCUCAAAUGCCUGACUAGUGAAGUAAUUACCUGGCAAAACAGGCUAAACUGAACCAGGUUGCUAAUUGAACCAGGUGUGUGGAUAGGGGCAUUGACGUGAUACACUAUAUAUACAAAAGUAUGUGGACACCCCUUCAAAUUAGUGGAUUUGGCUAUUUCAGCCACACCCGUUGCUGACAGGUGUAUAAAUCGAGCACACAGCCAUACAAUGUCCAUUGGCAGUAGAAUGGUCUUACUGAAGAGCUCGGUGACUUUCAACGUGGCACCAUCAUAGGAUGCCACCUUGCCAACAAGUUAGUUUGACACAUUUCUACCCUGCUAGAGCUGCCCCGGUCAACUGUAAGUGCUGUUAUUGUGAAGUGGAAACGUCUAGGAGCAACAACGGCUCAGCCGCGAAGUGGUAGGCCUCACAAGCUCACAGAACGAGACCGGUGAGUGCUGAAGUGCGUAAAAAUCGACUGUCCUCGGUUGCAACACUCACUACCGAGUUCCAAACUGCCUCUGGAAGCAACAUCAGCACAAUAACUGGCCGAGCAGCCACACACAAGCCUAAGAUCACCAUGCGCAAUGCCAAGCUUCAGCUGGAGUGUAAAGCUCACCGCUAUUGGACUCUGGAGCAGUGGAAAGGCGUUCUUUGGAGUGAUGAAUCAUGCUUCACCAUCUGGCAGUCUAACUGACAAAUCUGGGUUUGGCGGAUGCCAGGAUAACACUACCUGUCCCAAUGCAUAGUGCCAACUAAAGUUUGGAGGAGGAAUAAUGGUCUAGGGCUGUUUUUCAUGGUUCGGGCUAGGCCCCUUAGUUCCAGUGAAGGGAAAUCUUAACGCUACAGCAUACAAUGACAUUCUAGAUGAUUCUGUGCUUCCACCUUUGUGGCAACAGGUUGGGGAAGGCCCUUUUCCUGUUUCAGCAUUUUUUUAUGUUUUAUUUAUGGGGGACAAUGCACAUUAAUCAAUAUUACAAUAAUGCAACACCCAUGUAAAUGUGCCGGGGUUAGCCAUAAGCUAAUUUGCACCCGUAGUCCCAUGACAAUGCCCCCAUGCAAAAAUGGUUUGUCGAGUUUGGUGUGGAAGAACGUGACUGGCCUGCACAGAGCCCUGACCUCAACCCCAUCAAACACCUUUGGGAUGAAUUGGAACGCCGACUGCGAGCCAGGCCUAAUCGCCCAACAUCAGUGCCCGACCUCACUAAUGCUCUUGUGGCUGAAUGGAAGCAAGUCCCCGCAACAAUGUUCCAACAUCUAGUGGAAAGCCUUCCCAGAAGAGUGGAGGCUGUUAUAGCAGCAAAAGGGGGGACUGACUCCAUAUUAAUGCCCAUGAUUUUGGAAUGAGAUGUUCGACGAGCAGGUGUCCCCAUACUUUUGUGUGCUUUGGUUUGUCCACUAGAGGGUACUGCUCUCAUUUUGUAAUUUGAGUAGACUACAGCCAAAGAUGGUGUAUAAAUGAAAGAUGGGGUUCAUUCAGGCUGCUUACCAUUGGACGCAAAAAGAAAAGUAUGUUAGUCUACGUAACUUUGUCUCCCAUAGACACCAAUGCAAUAGCAGCUGGGUCUGGUCUACUUCAUUCAUUGAACCAGAAAAAAACGUCUCAUGCUUCUUCAGUCUCAGUUACCACUAUUUCAAAAUCAAACAUUUUCAAAAUUUUCAGUUUUCCAGCUCCUCUUUUCUUAGUUCGAUCUUUACUUACUCUGUAGACAAUUCGAUUUGUGUGUAAUUUUUACAAUUUUUAAUGAAUGGUUAAGAGUGAAAAUGCAUUACACUUCACACUGUUCUGGAUUCUGCUCUCUGACUGUAUUGCAGAUUUUACUGUGUUGCUCCAACAAUGGCCACUAUGACAUCGUGUACCCCAGGAACUACCCCAUCGACGCAGCUCUGUGCCAGGGUCAGUACUCUCUCACUCAUCAGAGGCUGGUGGGAGGAGCUAUAGGAGGAUGGGGUCAUUGUAAUGGCUGGAAUGGUAUAGAUGGAACAGUCAUACACGUCAAAAUAUAAGGAAACCCCAUGUUUAACUCCGUUACAUUAAUUCCAUUCCAGCCAUUACAAUGAGCCCAUCCUCCUAUAGCUCCUCUCACCAGCCUCCACUGCAGUGGAUACAUCUUCACUCUUUAAGUCCUAUAAUUGGCUACUCAUUGAUUUUAUUUACUCAAUAUUUUAAAUAAUCAGUUGUUUCAUGUGUAGUGAAUAGGAAAUGUAUAACUUCUUUCUUCAACUGAAUCCAGCUCUGUUGUAUGAGCUGCUGUACACACAAGUCCUUGGUGUCGAGGAGGCGGAGGUGCAAGGAGCCUUGGAAGGGUUCCGUGGCGGAGGUCGUCGCUAUAGGAACAGCCUGUCGGUGUGCAGUGAGGACGCAGGCUAUGACACCCCUGAGGACAGGGGUCAGACUCGGAGGUGAAGUCUUGCUCUGCACACCACUUUUGAGUCCUCCACACUAAACUUAAGUCUUACAGUUGCUAGUUACUUAGGUCAUUCCAUGAAAUGAUAUUUUAAGUCGAACUUGUGCACCAAUAUUUAGUUUUAAAAGCCUGUUUUACUGCUAAAUUCUCUAAAAUGACAUUGGAGGCAGCUUAUGGUAGAGAAAUGAACAUUCAAUUCUCUGGCAACAGCUCUGGUGGACAUACCUGCAGUCAGCAUGCCAAUUGCACACUCCCUCAACUUGAGACAUUUGUGGCAAUGUGUUGUGUGACAAAACGGCAGAUUUUAAUGGCCUUUUAUAGACCCCUUUCUGUGUUUGCAAACAUUGCCGCAUGAGGGCGAUGUGCGCAAGUUGGUGGCAGAACACGGGAGUUCUUUGUAGAACACCAGCAAAAAAGCCUCUAAUUUACAUAUAGCUUAUUAGUGCAUUUCACACUACUUUUGGAUUUUAAGGUUCAUAUGAAUGUCCUGCUUCAUAUGUUUGUCAUCGCAAAUCAACUGCAUUAUACUUAAAAAACACUUAAAUUUCAACCAGUAAAAUGGCUCUUUGGCUAGCUUUUCCUACAGCCUAUGUCAAUGAGCAUAAGCAUUCUAGCUAACUGCUGCAUCCAAAAUAGUUAUUUCGCAAAGAUCCCAAACAAAUAUAGUCUUAGCGGCUUUUCAAGCAAGAAUCGGAACAUAAUUGUAAGUGUAUGAGAACCCCAAAAAGUUAUUUUGUAAUAAAAACAUAAAUCUAGGCUACGUUGAAUGGGCGCAGAUGGCGAUGGCUUUUUUACUGCCGCCAAGAGUCGCGCGCAUCUGUGCGUGACGUCAGUGUGUAGUGUAUUGGAAAAGGGGUCUAUACUGUAGGCCUAAUGAUAUUCUGUGAAAAGGGUCUAUUCUCCCCAGCACAAGGUGCACCUGUGUAAUGAGCAUGCUUUUUAAUCAGCUUCUUGAUAUGCCACACCUGUCAGGUGGAGAACAUUUCUUGGCAAAGGAGAAAUGCUCACUAACAGGGAUGUAAACACAUUUGUGCGAUAAGAAAUAAGCUUUUUGUGCGUAUGGUAAAUUUCUGCGAUAUUUUAUUUCAGCUCAUGAAACAUGGGACCAACACUUUUUACAUGUUGAGGUUUAUAUUUUUGUUCAGUGUAUUAUGUGACUAGUGAUUCAUUUUAAUAAAAAGAACAUGUCCCUCAUUUUGAGGUCAACCCUGUUUUAAUAUGGUAACUAUUCCUUGUAAAAUAUUUUUUCCCAAAUGAAACAUUGAACAUCUAAUAGUCAAAUCUUUGUGUACAAGUAGGUGAGCUGGUUCUACUCUUUCUGGUGUUUUGUGGUGGAAAACUGAGUGGGCUGAGCGUAACAUGUCAUUUGUUGUUGUGGAGCUUGCAUUCAAAUGCCCAUCCAUGUUGCGCACAACAAGCUUCCAUUCCCCCUGUCACAAGGGGAUUUAUGGCCAAUGUAAGAUGCACACAUCAACCCUGUUACUUUAUUAGGCACUUAACUAUAGGCUUAUUUAACCUCUUGAUGGAGAAAACAACAUGUUUUUUUAAUUAAGUUGGACAUGUGCUCUUCAUGCCAAUGUUAAAAUUAGGUGAAAUAAAAAAAAAAUUCCUCGACGUUACACUACCCAAAAGGGAACGACCCACCUACAAUAUGCAUAAAUUCACCAAAGCAUAUAUACACUGAGUAUACCAAACAUUAGGAACACCUUCCUAAUUUUGAGUUGCACCCUUUUGCCCUCAGAACAGCCUCAAUUCGUUGGGGCAUGGACAAGGUGUCGAAAGCGUCCCACAGGGAUGCUGGCUUAUGUUGACUCCAAUGCGUCCCACAGUUGUGUCAAGUUGACUGGUUGUCCUUUGGGUGGUAGACCAUUCUUGAUACACAUUGGAAACUGUUGAGCGGGAACAACCCAGCAGCGUUUUAUUUCUUCACACAAUGUGGUGCGCCUGGCACCUACAGUACUACCAUACCCUGUUCAAUGGCACUUAAAUCUUUUGUCUUGCUCAUUCACCCUCAAUGGCGCACACAAUCCAUGUCUUAAAAUCCUUCUUUAACCCCUUCAUCUACACUGCCUUUGGAAUUUAUUCAGACCCCUUGACUUUUUCCACAUUUUGUUACGUUACAGCCUUAUUCUAAAAUUGAUUCAAUUGUUUAUUUUUUACUCAAAUCUACACACAAUACCCCAUAAUGACAAAGCAAGAACAGUAUUUUUGAAAUGUUUGCUUAUUUAUUAAAAUAUAAAACAACCACAUUUACAUAAGUAUUCAGACUUUACUCAGUACUUUGUUGAAGCACUUUUGGCAGCGAUUACAGCAUCGAGUCUCCUUGGGUAUGACGCUGCAAGCUUGGCACACCUGUAUUUGGGAAGUUUCUCCCAUUCUUCUCUGCAGAUCCUCUCAAGCUCUGUCAGGUUGGAUGGACAGCUAUUUUCAGGUCUCUCCAGAGAUGUUAGAUCGGGUUCAAGUCCGGGCUCUGGCUGGGCCCCUCAAGGACAUUCAGAGACUUGUCCCGAAGCCACUCCUGCGUUGUCUUGGCUGUGUGCUUAGAGUCGUUGUCCUGUUGGAAGGUGAACCUUCGCCCCAGUCUGAGGUCUUGAGCGCUCUGGAGCAGGUUUUCAUCAAGGAGCUCUCUGUACUUUGCUCCGUUCAUCUUUCCCUCGAUCCUCACUAGUCUCCCAGUCCCUGCCACUGAAAAACAUCCCCACAGUAUGAUGCUGCCACCAACAUGCUUCACCGUAGGGAUGGUGCCAGGUUUCCUCCAGAUGUGAAACUUGGCAUUCAGGCCAAAGAGUUCAAUCUUGGUUUCAUCAGACCAGAGAGUCUUUAGGUGCCUUUUUGGCAAACUCCAAGCGGGCUGUCAUGUGCCUUUUGCUGAGAAGUGGCUUCCGUCUGGCCACUCUAACAUAAAGGCCAGAUUGGUGAAGUGCUGCACAGAUGGUUGUCCUUCUGGAAGGUUCUCAUCUCCACAGAGAACUCUGGAGCUCUGUCGGAGUGACCAUUGGGUUCUUGGUCACCUCCCUGACCAAGGCCUUUCUCCCCCGAUUGCUCAGUUUGGCCGGGCGGCCAGCUCUAGGAAGAGUCUUGGUGGUUAAAAACGUAUUCCAUUUAAGAAUGAUGGAGGCCACUGUGUUCUUGGGGACGUUCAAUGCUGCAGAACAUUUUUGGUACCCUUCCCCAGAUCUGUGCCUCGUCACAAUCCUGUCUCGGCGCUCAACGGACAAUUCCUUCGACCUCAUGGCUUGGUUUUUGCUCUGACAUGCACUGUCAACUGUAGGACCUUAUUUGAUUUGGUGUGCCUUUCCAAAUCAUGUCCAAUCAAUUGUGUUUACCACAGGUGUUUCUACAACUUGAUUGGAGUCCAUCUCAAGGAUGAUCAAUGGAAACAGGAUCCACUUGAGCUCAAUUUCGAGUCUCAUAGCAAAGGGUCUGAAUACUUAUGUAAAUAAGGUUUUUUAUUUUUAAUAAAUGUGCAAAAAUGUAUAAACCUGUUUUCGCUUUGUCAUUACGGGGUAUCGUGUGUAGAUUGAGGAAAAACAUUCAUUUAAUACAUUUUAGAAUAAGGCUGUAACGUAACUAAAUGUGGAAAAAGUAAAGGGGUCUGAAUUCUUUCCGAAGCCACUGAUUUUUGAAGUGGAUUUAACAAGUGACAUGAAGGAUGAUAGUUUUCACCUGGUCAGUCUGUAAUGGAAAUAGUUCUUAAUGUUACUCAGUGUAGUGUAGUCAUUGUAUGAUUUUUUAAAAUUUCUUUUAUCAGGUUUUUGUUAAGUAUUUUUCUACACUGUUUACUUUCUUGUAGGGACGAUUGGGAGUUCAAUGGGCACAAUCGCACAGAGGACAAAGCCAGACCUGGAGCAGAGGAAGCCAAUGUGACAACGUUUUCUAUAACGUCUAUUGUUACCAGCUCUGAAUUGUAGUUUAUAACAUUAUUUGGGUAGACUAGAUUCAAGGAACACAAAUCCAAUUUCUUAUCUCUCUUUCUCUUCCUAAGACUCCAGAUGGACCAGCAAAACUCUCUCUCCCGUACAAGGUGCUCAAAGCACUGGAUUCUGAGAUGUACAGAAAUGUCGAGUUUGAUGUAUGGCAUGACAGUCGCAGAGGUAUACCAUGUUGCCCACUUCUGUUGGGGGGAAACUUGGGUUGGGAUUCUUGUGGUGAAGUGGAACUGCUAAAUUAAUCAUAAGACAUUAGUUCUAAAGAACAAGAUUCACACAGAGCAGACCUGUUAUCCGUGCUGAAUAUUCACAUGGGGUUGAUAUGCUUAUUCCACACACUAAUUUCUUCACGUAGAGCAGUUGUAUAAUUGGCCAUUCUGGAAUGGCAUAUAAUAUCGUGUCUCUGAAACAGAGAUGCAGAAGACUGAUUACGUGGUGUUUGCUGGAAGACAGUACUUCUUGGGAGACAAGUGUCAGGUACAGUAAUCCAGUUUAUCCACUAAUUUAAGAUGGUUCGUUUUUUUUUUUGGUGUGCAAAACAUACUCCAAAUGACUAAGGCUAGCCCAUGUCUUCUAUGCAGGUUCGUCUCGACCCCAAAGGGAAGUAUUACAAUGCCUUCAUUCAGGAAGUGGGCACUCACCCCAGCGCUGUGACAGUGUUCAUCGAAGAGCUUGGAGAAAAGUGAGAUACCUGUCCCUUUUUUAAAAACACCCCAAUUGAACUGACUUACACACAGGCACUUUAACACAGCACCCAUCAAUGUGUGCUUAUUUUAGUGUUCUGGCGCAUGCAUGUUCUUGUAUCAGAGCAGCAAGAGGAACUGCCCUUCCCUACCUACAGGCUUUGCUCAAACUCUACACCCCAACCCGAGUACUUCGUUCUGCCAUCUCAGGCCUCUUGGCCCUCCCACCCCUAUGGGAGGGCAGCUCCCACGCAUCCCAGUCCAAGCUCUCCUCUGUCCUGGUGGAACCAGCUUCCCUCUAACGUUAGGACAGCGGAGUCCCUACCCAUCUUUUGAAAACAUCUGAAACCCUACCUCUUCAAAGAGUAUCUUAAAUUAUCCCCCCCCCCCCCCCCCACCAAAAAAAUACUUUUGUGAACAAACACUCACACUUGACCCUUUUCCCCCUUACUAGCUCUGACUUUGCUGAUAACUACUUUAUUGAGGAAAAAUGUACUUACUAUGACUGUGAUGUGGUUGUCCCACCUAGCUAUCUUAAGAUGAAUGCACUAACUGGAAAUCGCUUUGGAUAAGCGCGUCUGCUAGAUGACUAAAAUGUAAAUGUACCAUCCAAGUGGUUGUCAGUCAUACAGUAUGGUGAAUUACCAUCGACGCAGUGCUCUUUUCAAUAUUAGGUUUAUGAGACCUCCUCACUAUACCCCACCACUUUCAGACAUCUUGUGUCUCUGACUAACUUCAAGCCUGUGAACCCUGUCCCUGCCUGGAACAUCACCCCGAGCCGCAAGGGACCAUCAUACAGCAGGCCUGAGCAGUAUCCUGGAGAAAUGGGUCUGUGUGCCCUUUAACUAUUUAGAUUAGUCUUAGUAAGUUUAAUAGCAGUGAAAAUCGUAUUGGCCUCGGACCAUUAAAGAUGUCUUGUACAACUUUCUGUUACCCCUUCUUUGUCUGUUACAGAUUCAGAGUUGCGGGGCCGGCGGCGUUUCUUUAAGAAGCCCAGAGGGAAGGAGAUGCUGAUGAUGUCUUACAGUCGACCCCAGCCUGGCCUGCCUCCCCGCUUCCAGUCAGGCCCUGGGGGCAUACCCCCUGGGCGCGCCCCUGGCAUGCACGCCCCCCCACCACCUCCAGGGACACUGCCCUACGAACACUACCGCCCGCAUCUUCCACCCAGGCUCCCGCGAGGAUAUGGCCCACCCAGGUCGGUGCGCUUGCUACUUAAAUUGUCAAAUGGCAGGUUUGAGAAAUGUCACUCUAAAACGCCAUUCACACCGCUGCUGUACUGCACCAUUACUGAAGGCCAUGUUCCUUACCGUUUAUUAUAUUCUGUUGGUAUCUAUGCUGUUGCCAAUCUGGGUUCUGUUCAGAAGUUCAGCCCGUUUCCUGAACAGGCAUCACCUCAUUGGGCCGGAGAUGACAUACUAUCCUCACCCAGGAAAACGCUGCUACCACAGCUUCGACAACUACUCAUUCAGGUCACGGUAAUACUCCUUUUUAUUAGCUCCUUAGCAACGUUCAGCAGAGUGACUGUUUUGAGCUACGGUAACUUUGGAUAUUACCAGUGGCCUUGCCCAUAGCGAAUGUAGUCAUGAUUUGCAGUGAAUGAGUAUUGUGGUUAUAAAAAGUAUGUGUAUUCAUUUGAGCUCUUGCAGCCGGAGCAGGCGCCAGAUGCAUGCUAUCAACAAGGACUGCCAGUUCAGCUAUGUCGCCGAGGCUGGACAGGAGGCACAGGACAUGGAAGGAACAAUCACGUUCUACGAGAUUGAGGGGGGAGAUGAAACUGCCUUCCCUCCCUUGUCGGUAACUAAGUAGUCCAGAAGCCCUCAGGUUACAGACUUUGAUAGUUGGGGGCAUGAGUAUUCAACUGGAGUAUUCAAGUCAACCUGCUGUCUGCUUUUCUAACCUUCUCUUUAGGGACAGGCUGUAGCAAACCCCAUGGUUCCAGCACUCCCAACCUACUGGGUGCAGCAGGGGCCGAGCCCCAUCCCCACAUCUGGCAAACAGGCCAUGACCUCAUCAGAGGAGGACGCUGACGAGAGGAGCAAUGGUGACGACCAGGGUAGGCCAGCCUGUCCAGUGACGCUGUCUUAUUUUGUUUUAUUUGAGUCAGAAUGUAAAUGGUAAAUCCAUGCUGUAUAUGUCUCAGGUGAAUAUUCAGAGGAGUACAUCUAUACUGGUGAAGGUGAGUGUGUUGACAUCACCUGCUGUGGAGAUUUCUAUGAAGUCCAUGGAGAGCCCUUAGGAAAAGCUGGUAGGACAGUCUAUGUCCACCAUUUCAUUUAAAUGCUGUUCUGUAGAUGCAUUUUCAACUGAUUUUACGUUAGGUAAAGACAAAUUGGGCUAUUCCAUUUCCCAACUGAUUCUGUCAUUUGGCAGCAGUAAAGGCUCACAAUUUGGAGACCCUUUGUACAAUAUGGAUAAAAGUGGACAAUUAUAUUUUAAAAACUCUUCAUCUUGCAGACCCAGGGUUCCAGAGCCCAUCUGUGUAUGCUGCGGCAGAGUCCACUGCCAACCUGGUACACCUGUUCUCAAUAUGCUCUCAAAUAUAAUUGCCCUUCACUUGCUUUUUGUUGUUGAAAUGAAGGUUAAUAAAAGUUACUUUAACAUGUGGGAUGAUUUAGAUUUACAGUAUAAUUUCCAAUUAAUGUGAAUUUACUUGAUUAUUGGGGCUGAUUGGUUUGAUUGCAUUCCUCUCUCCAUUUUUUUUUGCCUGCCUUUCCAGACCAUUGAGGAGGGAGGAUCUCGGGCCGGCUCACCACAAGAGGGCGUAGCUAGCUAUAGCUACUCUCAGUCACAGCAGGUACUGGAUGCUUCACAAUUAGCUCUACACAACUCCUUAAUUGUCACACAUUUUGUUUGGGGGGGGGAAUCAGGUUUUGUUUAGGUCAUACUCAAAACUGUAGAAUUGUUUGUCUUCUUCUUUUGGAUAAAAGUUAACUUGUAUGGUUUGUAGUCGGAUGGUUGCGUUUUAAUGUAAUGUUUUGUUUCCUCAGGUGGUGGUGAAGUCAGCAGUCAUCCCCUCCUCACAGGCUUUAACCACAGCCCCAGCAGCUAUCUUCACCUCCAACUCCUCAUCCUCUAGCAGCUCUCAGACCCCUCCAGCACCAGUGGCUCCACCCUUAAACUAUCCUCAGGGGGCUCCCAUUCCCCCACAUGCAAUGGGCAGACAAGGUAGCCACUCUUUAUAAGGGUGAUGGUCAGACCGAAGGAGUUAUUGGGCCCUGAUGCCUAACUGAUGCCUAUUUUCUCUCGUUUGUAGUUUCAUCCAUUCAGGUUCCUCCUUCCUCUCCCUGGUUUGUGAAUGAGAUGGGGGAAGCGGUCAGCACCACACCCCCUCCACCUUACUCCUAUGACCACAACGGCAACGACCUUCCACGAGGUCAGACACGCUUCCCCAUGGCGUGUGUGUGUGUGUUCAAUUUGUAAACUUCUAAUAGUUGAAUUUUGAAGACGUGACGGUAAAUAAAUGUAUUUAUCUUUCUAUAGAUGGCAAGGUCCUCCAAUAUUACUUUAAUUUAGGAGUCCAAGUAAGUGAUUUUAUAGUAUGUAUGGGUGAACAUUUACUUGGCAUGAGACACUAGACAUGUCUUUUGAAGGAAAACAAUCUACCUUUUAUUUCUAUCCGUGAUGAAACAGUGGUACCAGCAGAGCUAUUGGCAUUCCAUGGUGCAGAUGCAGCAGGCGUAUCAGCAGCCCAGUACCGAGCAACAGUUCCAGUCCUACUCCGGAGCCACCCCUCCCUCUGAUCACACAGUCCCCCAGUCCUACCCAGAGACUGGGAGAGCAGGGCCUGAUGGCCAGGGAGAUGUUUCUGCCAAUGGUCAGCGCCACCCCUCUGCCUCAGACCUCCUCAUUAUGAAAUGGCACAUUUGCAUUGAACAAGAUCUGUGACUUCAGUGUCAUAAGUGUUUGUCACAAUCUUAAGACCUCAAGUAUUAAACGUGACAUACUUUUUUUUUUCUUUUCUUAAUCUUACCUUGGUCCUCACCCGUCACCUUUUCCUUCCUACCAGGCACCUCCCUGGCCAUGGACCCUCCCUCAGCAGGAGCCCCAGGCACAGUGUUCUACCCCUUGGUUCAGGACCAGUGCAGCCAACCCCCCCUCCACACCUACGAGCCUUAUGUUCCGAUGCUCUCUGCCACCUACCACUAUCUCACGCCCUGGAACUCAGGCCCUGCCCAACCACGUGUGCACGCAUCCUACUGCCCCUCCUCUAAUCACCCAGUCAACUAUGUCACUGCACCCACACACCCAGGGCACUUUAUUCCUCCCAGCAUGUAA